AUGGCAGAGCCAGGAACAGAACCGGCUAUUCGUCGUUUAGCUCGUCGUGGUGGUGUCAAGCGUAUUUCUGGGUUGAUCUAUGAAGAGACUCAUGGCGUGCUCAAAGUUUUUCUUGAAAACGUGAUCCGCGAUGCUGUUACUUAUACGGAACAUGCGAAGCGGAAGACUGUGACAGCCAUGGACGUGGUUUACGCUCUGAAACGCCAGGGUCGUACUCUGUACGGAUUCGGGGGCUAAGGUUUCCUUCUGAUUUACCUUUAAAA